CCCACCUCAUCCUCGCUCCUCACAAUUGGAACAUCGACAACAUGUCUUCGGCUUUUUACGAUCUUUCUCAACGCCUCAUCAGCAAUUGCAAGCCAUCAAAUGGGAUAAAGAUCAAGACUUGCUUGAACACCAACCGGAGCAGACCAAGCACAGCCCAAAUUCAAACAAAGAAGCGAUGCCUAAGGUGCAAGACCCUUUACUCGGACGAAGAUAAUUCCCCUACUGCUUGCUCCUUCCACGGCCACACCACUGGAGAGAAGGGAUUGUUUGCAUUGGCUCCACCGCACCAAGGAAUUGAUGGAGAGUGGAGUGACCGAUCUGGAGUAAUUGUUUACAAAUGGAAUGAAAAGAAUAAUAGACCAAACACUGGAAGUGCCAAUUGGAAGAAAAGAUGGAGCUGUUGUGCUGAGUAUGAUGAAAAUGCCUCACCUUGUCGACGAGGGUGGCAUGUUUCCUAUGAUGAUGGGUUCACUUUGCAUUAGUAAUUUCAUGAUAUAUUUUAUGCAUCUGAUGCAGAUAUCGAUCUACUUUAGAUUCUUUAGAAUUUAGAUUCUUUAGAAAAGAGAAAUGGCAGGUCAUAUCAUUUGUUGAAUAGGCGAUAAGCUAAAUUUUGGAUCUUGAUUCUGGAAUGUUUUUUUUAUGAUGAUGGGUUCACUUUUGGCUUAAAUGUAUUACAAGAUUAGCACAGGAAGUGGUGCUGAGUUGCUGACUGCUUAUUAAUACCAUGACAUAUGUUAUGCAUCUGAUCCAGAUAGAAAUCAGCUUUUGAUGCUUUGGAAAAGAGAAAUGGCAGGUCUUAUAAUUUGAUGUAUAGGUGAUAAGCUGAAUUUUGGGCCUUCAUUCUGGAAUGUUUUCUGGGAAUUUAUAUGAUGCGUCUUGCACUGAUGAAUUCAUUUGGCCUUUGGAUGUCUGCAGUAGCCAAGCGAUCGGUGAGAGCCCCUUGUAAGUUUACCAAAUUAGAAUGACAAUUAACAGUACUUGGGCAUUAUACUCCCUUUCCUUCUGUGAUUGAUCUAGCAUUUCUUCAGUUAAAUGAUUCAGUCGAAUUUGUAACUAGAAUCAUUUUGGUUGAUGGUGAGAGAAUUAGCAUUUCACAUUUUGCAAA